GCGGUCUCGGUACCGCCAUGGCCGCGGGGCCGGUGCGGGGCCGGCGCGGAGCGCUCGGGCCGGGGGGAGCCGGGGAGCCGGAAUGCAAGCGAGUGUGCAGACUGCUGGACACCAUUCCACGGGAGGCCGGUGCCCAGCUGCUGGAUUGUGCCAUGGAUCUGGAUUCCAGGCAGAAAUUCCUCCCUGGCUCUGCUCCCUGGGCUGCAAAGACAAAGCACAAUUCCGUGAUUUUGGAAAAUCAUGGGAGCAAAGGCAAUUCCCAGCCCUGCCCGAGAUGUGUUGCUGGAGAAUCUGGCCACUUCAGUCACAUCCUGGACUUGUAGAAGUGCAGGUGGGGAAGAGGAGCAGCUCUGAUUUCCAGCUGGGAUCCCCGGGAUGCAGCUGGAUCCUGGAUCCUGCCCUGCCCUGCCUGUCUCAGCGCACCCCGGGGCCGCCCAGGGCGAAAAAUCUGCAAUUUUACACCUCCUCAAAAAUGCUUCUGCUCCUCAGGUAGCUCAGAAUGUGUCUAACAAGGACAAGGAAAGGCUGAUUUCAUGUUUGGGUAGCUCAGAAUUUGUAUAAAAAUACAGGAAAAGGCUGAUUUCAUCUUUAGGUAGCUCAGAAUUUGUGCAAAAAGACAAGAAAAUGCUGAUUUCAUGUGUGGGUAACUCAGAAUUUGUAUAAAAAUACAAGGAGAGGCUGAUUUCAUGUUUGGGUAGCUCAGAAUUUGUGCAAAAAUACAAGAAAAUGCUGAUUUCACGUUUGGGUAGCUCAGAAUUUGUAUAAAAAUACAAGGAAAGGCUGAUUUCAUGUUUAGGUAGCUCAGAAUUUGUCUGAAAUGGACAAGAAAAUGCUGAUUUCAUGUUUGGGUAGCUCAGAAUUUGUCUGAAAAGGACAAGAAAAGGCUGAUUUCGUGUUUAGGUAGCUCCGAAUUUGUAUAAAAAUACAAGAAAAGGCUGAUUUCAUGUUUGGGUAACUCAGAAUUUGUUCAAAAAGACAAGGAAAAGCUGAUUUCUUGUUUUAGACUGGUUGAGUUGAGCUGGCCUUGGGCCCAGAAUUCCAAAGGUUUUCCCAUUUUCCCUUGGAAAAUGCUCCUUUGGAAAACCCUCCUUGGACAGGGCCACAGGCUGGAAUGGGAGGGCGCAAAUUUUAAUUUUUUAAGUGUCUUUGCAGCUGCGAAAUCCAGGAAAAAUCCCGUUGAAGCUCACACUUAAAUCCCCCAAAAAAAUCUGUUUAUAAAGGCUUGAGGGAUGUGAUUCCUUGUUCCAUGUUUUCCAAGAGGGCUUUCUUAAAUCAGUCAGGCUGGGAACAAAUUGCAGUUUAAUUGCCUGCUCCACUGAAGGCUUUUAAUAGUGAUUAAAAAAAAAAAAUAAUAAAAAAAUAGAUGUGUUUGUAAUUUAUUUUGGGAUUUUCCAGGAUCAUAAAGCUGGCGCAGGCCGGGGCAGUGAAUGUUCCUUUAAAGCAGAUUUGUGUCAAAUCUGCAGUGGAGCCACAGAGUUAUUUUUGUAUGCCUUGCAGAACUCUGAAAUUCUGUUUUCUUGAUGGAAAAAUAUGUAAACUUUGUAUUUCCUCCUGCUGUGGUUUGUACACAGAAUAAGCAGAGCGAUGCUUUAUUUACUUGUAUAUAGAGAGAAAGGCCCCUGGGCUGUUUUUAAUUCAGGUUUAAAGGAUCUAAUUCUUAUUUUUAACUUUGUAUUUUGUAAAUAAAUUGUUCCUUACGAAAGCAGAAGCAUUAAACACUACUUUGGCUGCAGCGUGGAAUUGUCUGGCUG